CCCUUGCCCCUGCCUUAUUCAGGUUUGUUGUCUAACGAAGACGAAGGAGGUGAAGACAUGGCGAAGCAUCUGUGCCGUCUGUUUACGUCGAUGAUCGCGCAGCCUAAGCUCAGUUCAGGUACGUCCGAGUAUUCAGCGAGUCGACUCAUUUGCUCAUCGGCUCAGAGAUUGCAAGUCCACAAAGAGAAUCCUCUGGAGCACGCGCCGCCAGUCUCAGAGGAGAAGGAUAAGGUUCGCAGCGGAGACGAGACUAUGUCCGAUCCGGUAUCUCAGAAUGAAGAGGGCGGUGAAGAAGAAGCCGGCGAUUUCGUGAACAAACAAACCGGAGAAAUCGGAGGCCCAAAAGGUCCGGAGCCAACUCGCUAUGGAGAUUGGGAGCAACGCGGCCGCUGCUCUGAUUUCUGAAAUAAGUUUCAUAGCUUUCGCCUUUAUGAAUCUCCAUAAGAAAGGUUAGAUAUUUUGGAAGAAAGGAUAAGUUUGAAAACUUGGGACACAAAUCCUGCUUACUGAGUAAACAAUGUUGUCUUACCGAGUCAAUACUGGCUCCCAUAAUUUAAUUUGCCAAUUAAUGCUAUAUAGAACUGUUAAAAUGGCUAUGAUGUAAGCCCUCUUAAACAAUAUCAUUAUUCUCAAAUUAAUCCUUUGUUUAUUGCUAA